UCCUACUUGCUUACAGGCAAGCAGGUAUAUAUACUGAACACUGAAGAGGAGUUUACAUUUUUAUGGCAAUUGCAACUACAAUGAGUACUAACAGUGAAGAUCGUCGAGAUGGCAAGAUUGAAGAUGGGCAUGAGUAUGAUCUAGUGAUGCCUGGGUUCAGAUUCCAUCCUACUGAAGAGGAGCUCAUCGAGUUCUAUCUUCGUCGAAAAGUUGAAGGAAAGAGAUUCAACGUUGAGCUCAUCACUUUCCUUGAUCUGUAUCGCUACGAUCCUUGGGAGCUUCCUGCAUUGGCAACAAUAGGAGAGAAAGAAUGGUUCUUUUAUGUACCUAGAGACCGAAAAUAUCGGAACGGUGACCGGCCUAACCGGGUGACAACCUCCGGCUACUGGAAGGCAACCGGAGCUGACCGGAUGAUCCGGUCAGAGAACUCACGGCCUAUAGGAUUGAAGAAAACCCUAGUUUUCUACUCCGGCAAAGCUCCUAGAGGCAUUAGAUCGAGUUGGAUCAUGAAUGAGUAUCGGCUUCCUCAAAAUGAAACCGAUCGAUAUCAUAAGGAGAUUUCACUUUGCCGAGUCUACAAAAGACCAAGCAUCGAAGACCACAGCCACCUCCCUGGCUCUCUCUGUGUAAAGCCAUCCUCCUCCAAUGUAACACCAACUACAUCAGAUCAAAAGCACAAAUCUCUUGCAGAAGAUUCGUCAUCACCUGACGUCGAUAAAAUCCAAGAGCGCUCGAUUGUCUACAACACUAUGACAGUUAAUCCGAUGUCAGUGAUGGAAGAAGAAGUGGUUCCUCAAAUCACUAGAUGCAAUGCCAUUGCUGAGCUCAGUGGGAUGGCUGGUUAUAAUCAGAGUGGUUUCUUGAAUGAUCAGCCUCAGCCUCAGCCUCAACUUCUUCCUAUUAACGUGUUGCCUGAUCCUUUUCUGGGGAUUUCUGAUAAGCUUUGGGAUUGGAGUUCACUGCCUGAAGAUGGAAGGGAUUAUGGUGGUAAUAGUUCUAAGUGAUGAAUAUGAUAAGUGUAGGGACAAUCAUACACUGAUUAAGAAUUAGUAGGACCUCCUUCCAAUAUUGUAUUAUUAUGAUGAUUAUUGUUAGUAGCAAAUUUUUAUCUUGUCAUUUAGCUUACAUGUAAAAUUAAAGAUUGUUGACGAGAAAUAUAUUAUAGCUUUUCCCUUC